AAAUGGGACGGGUUUAAGCUAUCCUUGACGCAUGCGCAAUACGUUAUUUGGCGCGAAAUGUACACAAAUCAUUUUUUGCAAGUUAAUAAGUUCGAAAAGCCUCUGAACCUUUAAAAAUCAUGAGUAAAUCAGAUAUAAGGAAUUUCUUCAGCUUAGGUGCAGCCAAGAAGACUGAAAAUAGGUCAACAGCAGAAAAAAGUAAGGACUCUGACACUGGUUUGACGAAAAUCAAGAAUGGCAAAGAACAUCAUAAAAAUGACCUUCCCAUCUCAAAUAAAGUUAAUACAAAAGACAGUGAUAUAAAUGGGAAUAAAAAGAAUGAAAAUGAUUCUAAGAAGAAAAAAGAAAGCAAAAGUAGGGAUAAAAGUCGUGAUAAAAGUGACAGUAAAAACAAAUCGAGAAAAUCUGAAAAGAAAGUGGACAUAGAUAUUAGUGAAGAUGUCAUUGAAAUAGAUGAUGAUUCUCUUCCUGAAGCACCUGUGAAGGAUAAAAAGAAAGAUAAAGCAAAGAAAAAAGGUCUGGAAAAAGAUGUGGAAGAAGUUCCUGUUGAGAAGAAAAAAGGAAAGAAAAGAAAGAAAGAGGUAUCAAGUGAUGACGACUUUGAUGUAAAGAUUGAAGAUGACGAUGAUGAUGACAUGGUUGUUAGAAAAUCAAAAACCAUGAAGAAGAAAGGAAAGAAAAUACAGAAACUUCUUGACUCAGAUUCAGAUGAGGACCCUUUUCCAAAAGACAAAAAGCAAAAAAAAUCCAAGAAGAAGCAGACGGUGGUUCAUAUAGGAGGAGCUGAAGAAUGCAUUGAAGAGGAAGUUAAACCAAAGAAAACCUUCCUGGAUAAUUUUUUAACAAGUCCAAGCCCAAGUAAAACAGCUAAACGCAAGACUGAAGCAGAAAAACAAGAGGUGAAAGGUCAGGAGGUGAAAGUUACGGAUUUCUUUGGGAAGUCAUCAAUACAUCGAGUGGAGAGAAAGAUUAUACAUGUUGAGAGAAAACAAGAAAAGAAGGAAGAGAAAAAGGAGAGUAUAAGGAUGGAGGUAGAUGACAUAGAAAUGCACAGUGAUGAUGAGUUUGAACGAACUUUAGAACUUUUAGAUGAAGAGGCAAUUACCUGUUCUAAGAAGACAGAAGACAUUAAAGCAGAGAAGAGUGAACCUGUGAAAGAAGAGAAAGGUAUGUAUUUAUCAAGGUUUUUUUUUAUUUCAGAGCACUUGCAAUGCAGUUAUAUUAAUUUGUUGAAAAAGCAAUGAUUUCGCUUUUAAAGAAAUAUAAUUAUAGACAUAAUUCUUUCAUAGUAUUUUGGAAAUAUUCGGGGUUGUUUUCUUUCUUUUUUUUUUUCAAAAUUCAAAUAAUGAUUUUUGCAGCAGAUAAAUACUGUAUACAUUUUACAGGAUUUUUUUUAUCAUUUUUUGUCCCCACCAGUAUUAUUAUAGUCAAGUUCAUGUAUGUAAAGGUGUCGGACUGAAAAUACCUACCAACUGGAUCUAUAAAGUGCGGGUCUAAA